GGUUUGUGUGGCUUGGGGAAGAGGAGCAGGCAGCCUAGGAAAGGGCCUAGUUCUAAGCUGGACUUAAGGUGAUCAUGGGUGAUGUUGAGAAAGGUAAAAAGAUCUUUGUUCAAAAGUGUUCGCAGUGUCACACGGUGGAAAAAGGUGGAAAGCACAAGGUGGGGCCAAAUCUUUGGGGACUCUUUGGCCGUAAAACAGGACAGUCUGCCGGAUUUUCUUAUUCAGAUGCAAACAAGAAUAAAGGUAUUGUCUGGAGUGAAACUACAUUAAUGGAAUAUUUGGAGGACCCAAAGAAAUACAUUCCUGGAACAAAAAUGGUUUUUGCUGGCAUUAAAAAGAAGAACGAGAGAGCAGAUCUCAUUGCAUAUUUGAAAAAAGCAUGCUCUUCAUGAAAAAUUUGCAGUUUCUGCGAUUUCAGAAGGAUUCCCUGAUGGUGUUAUACUUGCAGUACUAUUGAUGUUCCAUUAUUGUCCCAGUGUUUGUUCAUAAGACAUUGCCUGAAAGAAAAAUAAAACAUUGCCCUUUAC